AUGGAUCCCGCCAUUUCAUUUGGUGAUUUGAAUUCUGGAUUACAAGUGGGGAUUAACCAUGCUCCAAUCACCGCUGAGUUUCAUCUUCCUACAAACCGUACUGACCUUCAUAUGGACCUCGACGACAAGUUGCCUAUUGUGCAUGGGGCUACGUUUGACUCAUACAUGCAUCAGCAUGAAGAUGAAUGUCUUCCAGGCACUAGGGCUGAUAUUCUGCACCAAAUUAGACAGUGGGCUCUCUUACCACACGGGAGAUGCAUUUUUUGGUUAAGUGGAAUGGCUGGGACAGGAAAAUCGACCAUCUCUCGAACAGUGGCAAAAUCCUUCCACCAAGCCAAGCUGCUAGGAGCUAGCUUCUUUUUCAAGAGGGGUGAAGGGGAUCAAGGGAAUGCGAUGAAGCUUUUUCCAACAGUCACAAGGCAACUAGCAAUGAGCAUUCCCCAACUGAUCCCUAGUGUCCAAAGAGCAGUCCAUAAUGACCCAGGCAUUGCGACAAAGGCAAUGAAGGAGCAGUUUGAUAAACUUCUUCUUGAACCACUCCUAGGCCUAAAGCGAUCCGGUCAGCCUAUCCAGACUCUGGUGAUCGUAAUUGACGCUUUGGACGAAUGUGAAGGUGAUAAGGACAUACGACUCAUACUCCAACUUCUACCACAGCUACAGAAGUCAAAUGCUGUGCAUCUACGAGUUUUUUUGACCAGCAGGCCUGAAUUGCCGAUCCGUCUGGGAUUCAAGAAGCUCCCUAACGAUAAUCAUAAAGACCUGAUUCUUCAUGAAAUCCCGAAGGAAGUUAUUGAGCAUGACAUAUCACUAUUCUUGAAUCAUCGGCUUUCAGAGAUCAGGACAGAAAGAGAACCUCCCCUCCCUAUCGACUGGCCUGGAGACACAAAUCUUCAAAAUCUAGUGGCAUUAUCCGUGCCAUUGUUUAUUUUCGCCGCCACUAUAUGCCGUAUAUUCGAGGACCCUGAUUGGGACCCAGAGGACAGUCUUGCUGAGAUCCUUACUCACCAAAAUGAUGGAUCCAAACUGGAUGGAACAUAUCUUCCUGUGUUUAACCAGCUUCUCAACGGACAUCGCGAGAAACAUACAAAGCAAGCGGUUCAAGAGUUUCAGCAAGUGGUCGGUGCGAUCGUGAUACUAGAGAGUCCACUCUCAGUUAUCUCUCUUUCAAGACUCCUCGGCCUUCCUGAGAGGCUUGUUCAUCUUAGGCUGAACAGACUACAUUCAGUUCUGAGUGUGCCAGACAGUGAGACUUUGCCUGUAAGGCUCUUUCACUUGUCAUUUCGAGACUUUCUUCUUGAUCCAGAAACCCGUGAAAAAACUCCCUUUUGGGUGGAUGAGAAAGAAAUGCAUUAUAACUUGACCACGCGAUGCCUCCUUGUGUGUCAAAAUCUUCGGAAGAAUAUAUGUGGGCUACCAAGCGAGGGAACCCACCGUGCGGACAUUGAUCACCAGACUGUCGAUCAGUGCCUUCCUCCAGAAUUACAAUACGCCUGUCGAUAUUGGGUACAUCAUCUAGUGCACUGCACAGAUUCGAAUGGUAUGAUGCAUGAUGUUCUCGUAUUUCUCGAGAGGCAUUUCCUGCACUGGGUAGAAGCAAUGAGCUUAUUGGGCAUUAUAUCAGAAGUGGUGGGGAUUCUUAAUCUCCUACAGACUGUUACACCAGUCAGUUCUUAUGAAGAUGGACAUAUGAUUCACACUAACAGAUAUAGGGUGACCACCAUCCCACAAUGUCUGAUUUUCUCCAUGACGCAAAGCGCUUUAUUCUUAAAAAUCGCCAGAUAG